AACGUUAUGUUUAGUGAGUCAUCAAAAGCGACAUACAAAAAGGAAUUUAAACAAAAGCUUACAGACAUUUACAAUACAGUGAAAGAUUUCCAACGUAUAUACAUAAUUGGUUUAAGAUCCGGAAGCAUCGUUUGUGACUAUGAAGUCGUUUGUAAAGGGGACGUCAAUCUUACUAUCUUAAAAACAACUACAGCAUCGGUGGCUGAUCCACGGAACCCACUGAACUUUACGUUUUGCAAAAACUGCACUGCGACAGUAAAUAACACGGUUCUUGAUCAAGCUCUAACGACAGCUCAGAACAUGAGAACAUCAAGUGCCUGUUUAAACUGCAAAAUGGGCGAAAGAUGCAAUGUACUGAAAACGUUUGUUAGAUGUUACAACCCUUGCAAAACAACAGCCAAUGGAGGAUGUUUAAACGGUGGCGUGUGUUACUUUGACGGACAAGAGAAUUCGACUAAAUGCAGAUGCCCGAGUGACGAAGGUCGUUUCGUUUACUCUGGAGAACAUUGCGAGAUUGCUGUUGAAAACCUUUCACUGUCGUCAACGUACAUCGCUGCAAUCGCUGGUGGAACAGGAGGAGCAUUAAUCGUAGUUCUGUCAGUGGUCAUUAUUUGUCUUAUCCUCAAAAGAAAGAAGCACAAUGAUGUCGACAAAAAUGGCAGGCAAGGGAUAGCUUAUCACGACAUAUUUUAA